AAUAUUCGAGGGACUAUUUAUUCAAGUUAAACGCCGGACUUGCAGGACGCAUGAAGUAGUGCUAGGAUCUCCACCAGUCAGCCACACAUACCCGCCAUGAACAAUCUGAUGCGCCGAGCCCAAAACGUGCAGCUCUGGCGAAAAUAUUGCGUAAAACAAUACACCACAGAAGCCGCAUCCGCUGCCUUGUCCAGAGGCAAGCCCAACUAUGACGAGUUCAUUGCUGGCCGUCAGGUCCAGGCUCAGCGCAGCAUCGUGGUCCAGGUCAGCUCGGAGAAGUCCUACUCGGAAUUGUAUAACUACUGCAGUCGGUUCGGCUCCAUUGUGGGGGCGCAUCACUACUGUGUGCGGCAUGACGACGAUCUCCACUACAUCCUGCUGGAAUACUCGACGGCCCAUGAGGCAGCGGCUGCCAUUGACUCGGGUGCCACCAAUGGGGACCUGAGCGGUGUGCCCGUACGCUCGCCUUUCCUCUGGUUCAAGGCGGCACCCGGCAAGCGUGGCCCCAAACUCGCCCCCAACAACAACAACAACAUUCACCACCCGCCGACCAGCGAUCUGCAAUCAGUGGACGGCACCAGGCAGCUCGACCAGGAGGCUUUGCUCAGUCAGCUGCGCGGCGCGGAGAGCAUCGAGCAACAGGUGCAACUACUGCAUAGGCACACCCAGCUGAACGAUCUCGGCGUACGCAUGCGCUUUCUGGCCGCCCUACAGGUGCAGCAGGCUAUCUCCGGGAUGUUCCCCGCAGCCCAGGCCCAUCCGUUUGGCUCCUCAGUAAACGGCUUCGGCAAGAUGGGCUGCGACCUGGACCUUAUCCUACGCUUCGAUGGGGAGACUGGCGGUAGAAAACAGUCGAGUGGCGAGCCCCCCUCGCGCCUCAUCUACCACACCAAGGAGAACCUGAGCAACGGACGAUCGCAGACGCAGCGACACAUGGAAUGCUUUGGCGACAUGCUGCACCUCUUUCUGCCCGGGGUCUGUCACGUGCGGCGCAUCCUGCAGGCACGGGUGCCCAUCAUCAAGUACCAUCAUGAGCAUCUAAACCUGGAGGUGGACCUCUCCAUGAGCAACCUAUCUGGCUUCUACAUGUCCGAGCUGCUGUAUAUGUUCGGGGAGAUUGAUCCUCGAGUGCGUCCGCUUACCUUCAGCAUUCGACGCUGGGCGCAGGCCUGCGGACUGACGAAUCCAUCGCCGGGGCGCUGGAUCAGCAACUUCUCGUUAACCUGCCUGGUCAUGUACUUUCUGCAGCAGCUGCGCCAGCCCAUACUGCCCACCAUUGGGGCUCUUGUGAAGGCGGCUGAAGCAAAAGAUGUGAGGGUCACCGAGGACGGGAUUAACUGCACCUUCGGCCGGGACCUGGAGCGUGUGGGCUUCCAGAGCCGGAAUACGAGCUCGCUGAGCGAGCUACUGCUGCAGUUCUUUGAGUUCUAUUCGCAGUUUGACUUCCACAACCGGGCUAUCUCCCUGAACGAGGGCCGGCAGCUGUCGAAGCCGGAUCACUCGGCCAUGUACAUUGUGAAUCCGCUGGAGCAGCUCCUAAACGUGAGCAAGAACGUGAGCCUGGAGGAGUGCGAACGGCUGCGCAUCGAGGUGCGGAAUGCCGCCUGGAUUCUCGAGUCUGAGGUGGAAAACUCAUCGCUGCCGCAGAGCGAGCGCCAAGAGGAAACCUGGGGCCUGCUCAACCUCUUCAAGCAUCCCGAGAAGGCCAUCAUUCGGCCGAAUAUGUUCUUUAAGCCUCGCAUGGUGGAGGUCAGCGAUCUCUUCGAGGAGAAGCAUCAGCAGCUACAGUCAACGAUAGGUCCGGCCUCGACUGGAGGAGCCGUGGCGACAGCGGCUCCCUCUGUGGCCUAUAAAAACGUCUCGGUGCGGCAGCAGGUGCAGAGCAUCAAGGCCGCAACGCGCACAGAAUUAAAGCAGCUACGGGGCUCGUCUAGUGCGGCGGCAGCCCCCAGUCCCAGCACCAAGAACAGGCGCAGCAGGUGAUAGGACACCGUUGUCUAUAACCCGUCGUGUAGACCCGUGUACAUACGUAGAGUUAGUCUGACCACUGACCUGGCAAUUAGCUUAAGAAGCCGGCUAAACAGAAACUGAAACUGAAUGUUGUUCAAUAUUUUUAAUCUUCCCAUUAAGGUAGCAUACUCGCUCGUAAGUCUAGGAUCCACUUAACAAAAGUAAAAUUUUGAGUAUUUAAAUCACUUUUUUAUGAUAAAUAAAAACCAACGUUAUCAGAUUA